ACAGUACACACGCGCGUGUAUGCAGAUUAAGUCAGAUGGUUGUGACAAGAGCUCUCACGCAACAGAUACUUCAAUGUUGCAGUUGACUUUGUGAGGAUUGUUUACUCAUUCCGUGCAGCAAGCAACGUGACACCCUGUGAUAUCCACGCCUACAGUGUUGCUUCCCGUGAAUUAUGUUUAAGGGAGAACUAUACGGGAAAGACACAAACAUGUCCACCAGCGUUUUCCAUUUCGGAGGACAGUUAACCGGCGCGCACCAGCUUGACCGUGAGUCCCUAUCCCCCGAAGGAUCCAUCCAACUCAUCAGCCCUUCUUCCCUCAGCCGAGCCGGGGCUACAGCGCUACUAACGGUAGCCAUCACCGUCCCGACCAUCGGGUUCCUGUACCUCAUGUGCCGGUGUUCCUGGCGGAGAUGUCGGCGGUGGUUUUGGCCGGAUGAGGCCGAGGAAGGGGCGAAGGCGGGCGGUGAGAGCGUUAUGCCCGAGAUUGUUGUCCUCAGCCCUACACCGCGGCUUGCUAACGGUACCACCAGAAACGUCGCGCAAAAGAAGAUGAACACAAAAAAUGAGUCCGCCAUGUUCCCGGCAAGCCCCGCGCGCCUGCACCGCACGAUGUCCACCCCGAGCCCCGGACCCACGGGAAGCGGGUCACGUGACAGGGAGGGCACCGCCGCCAUCUUGGAGUCCAAACUUCACAGAUCACUAAGUGACCCGGCUCUGGCCUCAAAUACUCGUGCGGUCGCUGCUAGCUCAAAAGAGUCAGUGGCUAAUCCUCUGAGAGCUGACAAACUCAUAUAA